AUGGCCUCAAAUCUUGUCCUUGGUAGCACCGGCGUCAUCGGUUCCGGCAUCCUCGCCACACUGCUAGCCGACAGCUCGAUCAGCGCAGUGCACACCAUCUCACGGCGGGCGCCCAAAUCAACCGGCCCAACGCUGCACGCGACCAUCGAAGCUGACACCACCCAAUGGGGCGCGAAGCUUGCAGGCAUCAAGCCCACCCCAUCAACGGUCUACUCCGGGCUCGGCACAACCCGCCAGCAAGCGGGCGGUAUCGCCAACCAGUGGAAGAUCGACCACGACCUGAACGUGGAGCUCGCGCAAGCCGCAAAGAAGGCCGGCGUGCACAGCUUUGUGUUCAUUUCUAGCGCCGGAUCGGGGGGUCUGCUCGCCAACUACCUGCCCUACAGCAAGAUGAAGAAAGGCGUGGAGGAGACGAUCAAGGGGCUGGACUUUGAGCAGGCGAUUAUCGUCCGGCCGGCAAUUAUUCUGGCCGAGCGCGAGGUCCCGCAUCAGGGCGCGCCUCUCCUUAUCGGCGCGACAAGGGCGCUGGGAAGGUGGUUCGGCCUAGGCCUGCAGGACAAGUUGGGACAGGAGGGUGAGGUCAUUGCGCGAGCGGCUGUGCACGCUGCGAAGAUUGCUGCCGAGGGGAAGGCGCCGUCGAAAUAUUGGGUCCUGGAGUCGAGCGACAUCCACCAACCCCCCAACCGCCCCCCCCUCAUCGGCGACCCCUCCGGCCCCGCGCCCCCCUACCCCUUCCGCAUGUCCGGCCUCGUAAUAAGCGGUUUCGGGCGCGGGUCCAAAGAGCUCGGGAUCCCCACCGCCAACCUGCCCGUCGACGACGCCCAAACCCCCUGGAUCUCCUCCAUCCCCUCAGGCGUCUACUUCGGGUGGGCCUCGCUCAACCUGCCCGCCUCCCACCCGGACUCGCUCACCUCUUCCGCCGCCGCAGCGGCAGCGGCAGCGGCAGCGGCAGCGGCGCCAGGCGAGGAUGGGGGUGGGGCUGGGGAGCAGCGACAGCGGGGCGGCAACGGGUUCGCGGUGUACCCGAUGGUGAUGUCGAUCGGGUACAACCCGUUCUACAAGAACACGGUGCGGUCGGCCGAGGUGCAUGUGCUGCACCGGUUUGGGGCGGAUUUCUACGGGGUGGAGAUGCGGCUGCUGAUUGCGGGCUUUAUCCGCGAGGAGAAGGACUACAGCGGGCUGGAGGCGCUGAUUGCGGAUAUUGAGUUCGACUGUGAGGUGGCUAAGCGCAGCCUGGCGCGCGAGGGGUGGGCGCCGAGCGGUGUGGAUGUCGAGGUGGAUGUGCCUGGGGAAGGGGUCAAGGUGUUGAGGGGGUCGUUGGAGUGCGGGUGGUUGAUACGGCCGGAUGAGUUGGGGGAAGGGGGGAAGUAG